AUGAGAUGGAUUCGAUGGGAUUUCAUUAUGAAAGCCAAAUGUCGAGGAGGAAUGGGGCUUGGAGACAUCCAAAACUUCAACUUUGCAAUGCUCGCUAAAUGGUUGUGGAGGUUUAAAAUGUAUCUGAAUCAGCUUUGGGUCUCGGUGGUUGGUGCGAUCCACAAAGGUAAUGGAAUUUCUAAUUUGUCGGUUGUUCCUCUUAAAAAAUCUAUCCCGGGUUUCUGGAAUGAUAUUGGCUCGGUGGAAGCUUCGUUGGCUAAAAUUGGGAUAAAUCUGAAAGAUAGUCUGAUUGUUGAUGGUGAAAAUUGGAAAUGGCGCUCAGGCCCAAACGGGGCUUUUUCGGUGAAGCAAGUCAGGACAGAUAUCGAGUGGGCCAAAAUGGUUGCUGAUUCUGAUAAUUUGAUCUUUGGAUGGAAUAGUUCGGCUCCUCCGAAAGUUAAUUAUUUAUGUUGUAGGGCGUUGAUCGGUAAGGUUGCUUCCAAAGUCGGUUUGGUCCGUAGGGGUGUUCCUUUAGCCGAUAGCUUAUGUCCGCGGUGCGGUAUUUAUGAUGAGGAUCCGGACCAUAUUUUUGUUAACUGUUUGUGGUCUAGAAGCAUUUGGUCGAAUGUGUUAGUUUGGAUGAGAAUUAGCUUUCCUAUCGAUAUUUCAAACAUUGGGGAGUUUCUUUCUUUCAUCCAAAUCCAACCGGGUGAUAAGAAGUGGAAAAAAGUUGUUCAUACGGUUUUCUUGGCCACCAUUUGGAGGAUUUGGAAAGCUAGAAACGAAAUGGUUUUUGAAGGACGUUUCAUCCCAACUAACAGAACUGUGGAGUUGGUGAAAGAAGAUGCUUUCUUUUGGAUCCGUUUUUCGGUCGAAGCUGUCGGUGCCUAG